GUAUUUUACUCCAGGGCACGAAAUGGCGCCGCGUGGCUUGCGCAAGCGUCGGGAAAUCCGCUCUCCAGAGGCAACAGUUCAACACCUCCGCAACCACGGAUUUAAGGAAGGAGAUGGUGAAUGGGCCCCUGGUUGCUUCGCGGCCUUCAAAGUGCUCGUGUCUAUCCGACUCGCAUCAGCCGUGUGGAACGGGAUUGCGGAUUGCGACGAAACGUACAAUUACUGGGAACCCGCGCACUUCCUUAUCUACGGGUUCGGGUUCCAGACUUGGGAAUAUUCGCCGGAAUACGCGCUGCGAUCUUAUGCCUAUGUGGCAUUGCACGCGUUCCCGGGCCUGUGCUACGCCUGGUUGAUUCAAUGGAACCCCAUGCUUGUCUUCUUUUUUCUCAGAUGCGUGUUGGGGUUCGCAUGUGCCCUCUGCGAAGUUUAUUUCUACUCGGGGAUCAAGGAAAGAUUCGGUGCAAGAUGUGGACGAAUGACUCUCGGAUUGCUCCUGUCCAGUGCUGGAAUGUUUCAUGCCGCAACAGCGUUUUUGCCUUCGUCCUUCUCCAUGUAUCUGACCAUGUUGGCCAUGGGAGCCUGGUUCAAUGGGUUGUACGAAUUGGCCGUCGUUUCCGUCGCGAUUUCCGCAUUGCUGGGCUGGCCGUUUGCAGCGAUCCUAGGAAUUCCAAUUGCUGUUGAUGUGUUGCUUCGGAAGCAACUGAUCUGGCGAUUCACGAAAGCGAGCGUCAUCAGCUUGUUGGUCAUCUUGGCGCCUAUGACAAACCUGGACUCAUACAUGUACGGGAAAUUGGUGAUUGCGUCAUGGAACAUAAUUAAAUACAACGUUUUGGGUUCUGGGUCUGAGCUGUACGGAGUUGAGCCCCUUUCGUUUUACGUGUUGAACGGGUUUCUCAAUAUGAACAUCGCUUUCCUGGCUGCUCUGGUUGCUCUGCCAAUCGUGACAUUCGAGAGGACUUUCCAAGGCCCGAAGAAAGACACGCAGGCUCUUCCUGUUUGGUUGGCAUUGAUGGGAAUGUACUUAUGGAUCUUGAUCUUCUUCAGCCAACCCCACAAGGAAGAGAGAUUUUUGUUUCCUAUCUACCCAUUGAUUUGCCUCGCGGCGUCCAUGACGGUUGAGAGUGCCUUGAACUUGGCGUCUGACCUGAUUAACCGACACUUGAGCGACUUCAAAACGAUUAAGGUGAAGGCGGUCGAAGGGAUCAAGUGGUUCCCGGUGGCUUUUCUGCUCGUGUCGACCUUGCUGAGCGUUUCGAGGGUCGCUGCUGUGUACAAAGGCUAUCACGGAGCGUUGGAAGUUUAUAUGGAAAUGGGAGAACUGGCGCGAGGGGAAAGAGCCGAGAAAAACGUUGUUGACUUGAGUGCGGAACGGAACACGACGCUGUGCCUUGGGAAAGAAUGGCACCGGUUCCCGUCCUCGUUUUUCCUUCCGUCUCGGAAGUGGAGGGUGGAAUUUUUGCACUCCGAGUUCCGCGGAUUGUUGCCAAAGCACUACGAAGCCGGGAUCAACGCGACUUCGAUCAUCCCGACCGGAAUGAAUGACAGGAAUCAGGAGGAGGAAUCAAGGUACGUUGAUGAGUCGGCGUGUGACUUGAUAAUCGAUUACGACCCAUCGGGAGACGACGAUUGCGGGUCAGCCAGAGAACCGUGUUACUCUAGGGACUUGUCAACCUGGAUCAAGCUUCACUCUGCCCCGUUUUUGGACGCGCCCAAGUCCUCAAAGUUGUUCCGGUCCUUCUACGUGCCGUACUUGAGCGACCGGAAGUGUACUUUCGGCAGCUACGAUUUGCUCGGUCGGCGAAUAAAUAAGCGACGGAGCUCCUAGAGACGACGAUUAAGCGAGGCGAAAUAAUAAUGCAGUUGAGAGAGAGAGAGAAGGGAAGGGAAAUAUUUUCGGGGGUACUGUUGUAUGUAUAUAGUGCGUGACCGACGACGUGCGUGACGUUGAUAAAAUUCCGCGAUCGUGUUAUUCAAGUAAUCUUUGAUUUUUCUACCUCUGAUCGCGAUGGAAUAUUGAAAGAGGUUUCUCUAAAUCGUAGCUGAGUCUAACCCAAUCUAAAUUCCGACUAGCCUGACUUCUCCUGUAUCAAUUGCUUUAAAAUCUAAAUUCAGAAUGAAUCAUGCGUGAAAUUAUAGAUGUCUGGAAAGGGACAAGGAAGGCAAUGGGCAUUUGCAGAGAUGAAGAGACAGUGCAAAAUUUAUUGCAUUUUGUUUUUUGUAACUUUUGUGAUUUACGCUUCUCUAAGUUGUUGCUAAGUCUAGCCCAACCUGAAUUCUAACUAGCUUGUCUUCUCAUGUUUCAGUCUUUUAAAAAUAUGAAUUCGUAAUGAAUCAUAGGUGAAAUUAUUGCUAUCUGGAAAGCGAUGAAAAAGGCAAAUGGCAUUUGCAGAGAUUAGUAAGAGACAAAGCAAAAUUAAGUCAACAUGUUUUUUGUAAGUUGUGAUUGACGUUUAAAAUUAAUUCUAACUGACUUGAAUGGAAUAAAAGAGAGUUUCCUAAGAUAUGUAUCUAAACCUGGUCUAGCCUGAAUUCGAAUUACCGUCAGAUAAUGCCCGACUCAUUUUAAGUGCAUUUUGUAUGUAAUUCAAAAUUAAUUUCACUUCACAAGAAAUGAUUGCGGAUGACACUAGUCGUAAUAGUGAUACAAUAGGCAGUAAGCAAAAAAGUUGACAGAUAAUUCAAAGUUGAGUGCUUAAUUGUUUUUUUAUAAUUCCUGACGCUUAAAUAUUUUUAAUGUGCUGAUGGAAUGAAAGAGGUUUUGUACAAUAUAAGCCUAGCCUAGCCAAAAUUCUUGGGAGCUUCACGCAAUGAUUGAUUUUUUUCUAUUUUACUAUUAAUAAUUUAAAUUCAAAAUAAAUUGUACAUUAUGUGAUGCCUGUCUGAAAAGGGAUAAAAAUACAGUGGGCUUGUUAUCAGAGGUUGACGGACAAUUGAAAAUCGCGUGCAAAAUCUUGUAUUAUUCUUGUGAUGAAUGUUUUAUUGACAUUUCUAAGUUCGUUAAUUUUAACUUUCCUGACAAAUCAUUCAUUUUUGUGAUAAUCCUAUAGAAUCAACUCUCGAAUAAUAAGUUAACGCAAUACACGAUUUAUUUGAUAUGAGUGAUGAUGAAUUGAAUAUGGAUUAUACGCAAUUAAACGGAGUAAUGUGUACAGUAUGUACCUAACCCAAAGGGUUUCAAUGUAUUGGGCAUCUCGCAGACGUCAACGAUUUUAUGGAAAUAUGGGCCACCUAUUUGUCAAACUUUUUUUUUUAUAUUUCAUACUCAAAAAAAGAAAGGGUAUGAGUUCGUGUCAGCUAUCAUAAUUCUUAUAACAAUCCUGAUCGAUAAAUCAGAUUUCAUUUAAGGUCGGUCACACUUUCAGACGUCGGUCACGUAUUAUAAUAACAUCUCCCGAAGAUUUUUUCCGUUGUAGUUCGGCUGUGACGUCUGUAGGCGGAAUUUUUUUCGUUUUCUGUGAGCAGUAUGCUGUUGAUAUCAUCGCUCUCGCGUCCCUUAUUUUCAUUUAUUUCUUGUGUAUCCCAGUGCUGGGGGGCGAACCGCAAAGUUUCCGGGAAAUCUACCUCUGUUCUGGAGCCCUUUGAAAAUUUUAUCAUUUUUGUUUUGUCUAGAGAAAUUUUUGCUUAUUUUGGAAUCUUGAAAAAUAAUUGAAAUAAUUUUCUCAAGGACACUUGAGGAAAAGAACCCGAAAGAAAGUUGCCAUGAUUUGUAAGUUAAUCACGCUGAUUUUUCAAUUUUUUCAUUCAUGAUGAGCCGAAAUCCCUGACUCUUUGAUUUUCUAUGUCAUCAUUUUGAUGUUUACCGAAUUAUUAUUUUCAAGUGCAAUUUCUGUGUACCGAAUUAUGUUCGUUCGAUUUUCUGCGUUUUUUUCGGAUAAUAAGAAAUUCUUGGCCAAUUUUCUCUCGGAACAGUGUUUUCGCUGGAAUUCGAGAAAAACAUUAAAAAAAAGAAUAUUCCGUAAAAAAUACGUUCCCCAACUCUCAUUGAAAAGUAAAAUAUUUGUUGUUCUUUUCGCUUUACAAAAUUCUGGAUUCCCUUAUGCUUUAUAAUUUGUAGAAGAGUUCCGCCAGAAUUUUUAUGUGGUCUAAAUUAUUAUUUCAAGUUAAUUCACCUCAUUGUUAGCCCUAAAUUAAGACGAGUCUUAAAUUUAAUGGUUUUCUGCUAAAUGGACUGAAGCCAAUAAGUCGCGAAAAAUGGCAUCAAGCACUUGGUGGAAAAUAUUGUCUCUGGUGGAAAAAUAAUUGAUCCCGCCUUCUGAACCCACCAUGUUUAACUGGAAAGUUUCAGUGAAUGCGUCCGGAUUUCCCUCAUUCCGUAUGUUUCUUCGUCAUUGUGUAGGUGUCGCUUGUACUACAUAUCAUAAGGUAACGUAACAUUUUCCCUGUGUACUUGAUGUAGGCGACAUCUGCCCGACAUAUUCCAGAAAUGAGGGUUUGUUUGUCCGAGGGAGGCGUCUAAUUUAUUGCGGAUUCCCGUGGCUUCUUCAUGAAAACUUUCUGAUGAGUUUUGCUGACCUUUGAUGGUGGACAUCAUCAGAGCCGACGCGGGGAUUUGGGGCUACGAUAGCGACAAGUCAGGAAAGACGAAGAAAAAUAUCGAGAAAUUUGGAAGUCGAAUGAGAAUUCAAAUGCCUGGAUUCGCCCUUUUCGCGUUGAACCCCCUUGGGCAAGGCUCACAUGGUUAUUGAUGAAGCGCUUUUAUUUAUAGGAUGUACGUGGGUCCGAGGACGAGACCUGUUUUUCGCUUUUUUUCCCCACAUUUUUUUUGGGUUCAUGCGGGUGAUGAUUCCUAUUUGCCGAGCUUUUAUUGAUCAUGUGUUUUUUUUUUUCAGUGGUGUUUUAUUGAAUGCGCUUGUGCUUGAAAAUUUCAGUUUUUGCUGGUGGGCGUGGUUAUUGAGAUUAUGCGUGAAAUGCAUUCCUUUGAGUUGUGAUACCUG